UGAUCCCAAUUAUCAAUUCAAAAAACUUUCAACCGGUGUCAUCCAAUUUCCUAUAUUUGCAAGUGCUGUGUUUAACACCAUAGCGACUGUAGAUGAAGGUUAUGCUAUUGUUUAUGCAAACUCUUCUGACCCAACUAAUUCGACUGAUCCACUUAUCGUUCGAGCGGCGUUAUACAUUCAAACUAUUGGUUAUGGUGACCAGAGCUUGGGUGCUCCAUUGCUCCUCUAUCAACUCCCGCUUCAAAACAUAAUAUUCGGUUCACUUUUUUGUGAUAUUUCUCCUGUUAAUGUCGGCCAAAUUUGUACAUUAGCCAUGACUCAAAAUAAUCCAACUAAUAAUGCAAAUAACACUGCAAAUAAUACUACAAUUAAUAACAAUCAAACUUAUUACGCGAAAAUUUCAUUUUUAUCAAGUGGUUCCGUUAUUGAAUUUACUCCAAUAUCCAGAAUAUUACCUAAUCUACCUAAUGUCACUGAAUGGGUGGUUUCUUCACUACCUUACGGUGGUUAUUUAUUGCUUACUCAAACAGUAUCUCCAGCUGGCGUAAAUAUGUAUGCAUAUAUCUUUGACGAAUACUCUACCACUGGACAACCUUGGGAGUUUCCGGAACCUUUGGCUUCAAACGUAGCCGGUGCUUUCGAGAUUCUUCCUAAUAAUUCCCUUGUUGUCGCUCAACUGGAAUCUUUGAACACUUGGUCAUUUGUAGUUUCUGACUUACCCAAAUUUACAAAAAAUAAGGAUAAUGGUUACUCAAAUGUUCGUGUCGAUAUUACCAACCCUAAAAUUGGUGAUGUGAUUCCAACAUCAACUCAAAAUAUCACCAUAAGAUUUUAUGACCCUGUUGAACUUUCUUCUGGAAAUGUUACAAUCUUUCAAACUGAUAAUAAUCAUAAUGAUAUCAUUCGACAAGUAGUUUCUGGAAAAAAUGCUGGUUUUUGUUCAAUAUCAGAUGAUGGUUUAACUGUAACCAUCAAAGUCCUUGAUAGUACUUUUAGUAAACCAAAUUCCUUGUUUUAUGUAAAAGUUGAUAAUAAUUUUGUCAGGAGUAGAGCUUUUAAAGAACCUCUUAUUGGAAUUGGUGAAAGAAUUUGGAAAUUCAACACUGAAAAUAAAGAUGAACCAUUUGCAGGAUCAGUAUCUGGAUUAUUACGUCUAAAUCUGGAUGGUUCAACGUAUUAUGAAAGUCUCGAUUCCAAUGGCAAAAACAAAUUCUUUGCCAGCCUUCAAGAUGAUAUUUCAAAAAUCCUCCCAAUUGCUCCUUCACGUUUAAGUUCUAAUCAACACGUUCAGGUUGAUUUCUCUAUUAGUCCAGGUCGACAAAUUUUCUUAUCCCUUAAUCUAGAACAAACUAGAGAUAAAAAUGAAAGAAGUGUUGCUUCGCUUAUCCGAGAUUUAAACACAAUGGUUCAUAACAAAGAUAUUACACCAAUUGGGUUAGGAAACACUACAAAAUAUUUAGAUGAUACUUAUGGAUUUUUGCCAUCGUCAAAUCUAUGGGAUAAAUAUAAGUUGAAGCUGUUGGGUGUGUUCUUGGUAGCUUGCUUGUUGAUUGCUCUUUUCCUUUUGGCUCAAAGAAGAGAUAAGAAGGGUCAAAACAUUGCCAUUUUACAACUUGGCCUUAUCUUAUUUGACGUUACCAUAGAUAUUCUAUUCUUAGUUAAUAAUGGCAGAGAUGUUGAGUUUCUAUACAUCCCUAGUAUAAUAUUCUUGGUGGUCCCAAUUUGCAUAAAUACUUCAUUAGCUUUUGUGAUUAUUACAAAAGAAAACACGCGUCCUGAGUUUUUCUCAUGGUUUAUCCGAAAUGGAAAAGUCGCAUCAAUAUUUACCGUAUUGGCUGGUGCUGACAUUGAAGCAUUAGCAAUACUUAGAUCAAACCUUGCAGGAUUUACAUUUUUCCAAGCUCCUUUUUCAGAGGAUGCUCUAUCAAGUAUAUUUUGGGCUGCAUGCUUGAAUAUCUUUACAGAAGAUAUACCUCAAGUGAUCGUUCAGAUCUUAUACCAAGGAAACACUGUAAUUUAUGACAUCAUUCCACUGCUUACCCUUGUCUCAUCCUGCCUCAAUUUGACGGUUAAUUUGAUUGGAAGAUUAUAUCAAGCCACGAAUAGAAUCCGACAAAAGAAAGAAAGUCAGCGUUAUCCUAAAGCCGAUGAUCAUGAGCCGCGAUAUGAUUUUGGAAAUAACCAGCCAUAUAAUAUGUCAACUCCAAUGGUUUCUCAUGAUGAAUUACCUCAUAAAGUUGAAAUUAAAGACGACAGGCUUUCUGGACUUUCUGUUGAUGAUAGCAAGAGAUUGGCGAAAAGUAAUUCAACGAGUAGCUUUCAUGAAAUGAUUAAUCAUUGA